GAAUGAGAGUAAAAAGGAAACUUUUUAACAAGUCUUUCUUUAGUAUUUAAUUUGUCCACUUAAUGACUUUUAUUUGACCGUUUUUCAGGUAAAGAGCUUUUAUUUCCCCUUUUACUGCAUCAAUAAUUAUCGAACGGCUUUAAAAGCCUAUUUGUUUUCUUUCUCGCUUUGUGUUUUUAUAAACUUGUUUCUUUGGGCAACAAAACAAAAGUUUAUUUUUUAUUUAAUUUAUAAUUUUAUUAUUAUCUUGUUUUAUUUUUUAUCAUUUCCUUUUUUAAAGUGCUUUGUGCUUUUGGGAAUUGGGAGAAAAUUAUAAACUGGAUGAAAAACUUAUUUUUCUAUUAAUUUUUAUUAUUUUUAAUUGCUUUAUAUUUUUGGGAAAUUGGAAAAAAUAUGUAUGUAUUCAAAAUAAUAUUUUUAAUUUUAUGCUAUUAAGCAACAUAUACAUAAUACAAAUAUUUUGAAAUAUUUUUGUUUUAUUUUUUGUUUUAUUAUAUGCUUUGUGUUUUUGAAAUAUGGAUGGAAAAAACAAAUCAAUAUAUGAUUUGUUUGAAUAAAAUUCAGAAAGAAUAAUAUUUUUUUAAAUUUUCUUAUUUUAUUAUGUUAAGUGCUUUUGGAAAUAGGGUGGAGAAAGUAUAUUUGUUUAAAAAUAAAAUACAGAAAUAAUAAUAACAUUGUAUUGAUUUUUUGUUAUUUAUAUUGCUUUGUGUUUUUGGAAAAUUGGACAGAAAAACUAUUUAUAUAUAGGUAUUUUAAAAAUAAAUUACAUAAAUAGUUGUAUUUUUAAUUCUUCACCAUUUGUUUAAGUGAUGAAACAGAAGACGCCUAAAUACAUUCUUUGGUUUUAAAAAGGAUUAAAUGUAAAAUAUUCAGGACUAUUUUGUUUUGUUUUUUAAAUAAAUCUUUUAAUGGAGGUUUAAUGGAGCUUUUUUUAAAAGGAUAAUAAAAAGGUGAAUUUCCUUGUUUGUCUAUGGCCCUCAAAGGCCUAAUUUCCACACAAAUAAAGGGAAAUAAAGGCCUUAAGUGGGUUUUUAUGGCUUUCGGCCUAAAAGCUUCCUUUUAUUUUAUCUUCUUUUAAAUCCUUUACAAAAGUAUUGAAGGGAUAACGAGGGAAAAUAUUUAAAAGAUAAUAUAAGAAUAAAAUAUCAAAUACAAUAGUAAUAAAUCAGAUUUAAUUUCAUUGGACUUAUUUUAUAAUGUGGUAAUAAUGCAUUUAAAUUAAGAAAAAUAGAUAGAAUAAAAUAUCAAAUGUAAUAGUAAUAAAUUGGAUUUAAUCACUUAUUCAAUGUUGCAAUAAUGCAUUUAAAUUAAGAAAAAUAAAUAGAGUAAAAAAUUAAUAAUAAUAAUAAUAAAAUCAGAUUUAAUUUAAUCAAACUUAUUUCCUGAAUUGAAGUUUAAUUCUUAUCAGGCAGACACGGAGUUUACUUUCAGAGAAAUAAUAAUGGAAUAUAAUUAUAGAAUAAUAAUAAUAAUGUCUUAUUAUUGUUUUGAGAGUCAUAGAAACAUAAUAAUAAUUCCAGAAUCUAGUCAACUCUGUUAUUACUUUGUAUUAUUAUUAUUAUUAUUAAUAAUGUCUCUUUAUUGUUAUUAUUAUUACAAAUGUAAUAAUAAUUUUAAAUGUUAGCCUGCGGAGAAGAUCCUCCAUUCAAUCCAGCGAUAUAUAUUCCUUUUCUGCAAUGCAAUUAGUCACUUAAAUCGACUCUGAAUUAAAGGGAGGCUUUUAAUUGACGAAAAGGGUCAUUAUUCCCCCCCCUUUUCCCCCCAUGAUGCCCUUCUUCCCUCUUUUAAACGUCUUCUAUAAAAGGGCGAUUCGGACCUUUUUUGAGAGAAGAAGAAGCAAGGCUCCCAUUGAAUCCAGUGCGGACGGAAACAUGGAGGAGGACAGCGCCCCAGCAUCUUCCUCUUCCAUUGAAGUCACUUUGGAGGAUCGGGAUCUUUGGGAAAAAUUCCAUCAAAUUGGGACCGAGAUGAUCAUCACCAAAAACGGGAGGCGCAUGUUCCCUCAAUGCAAAAUCAAGGUGAGCGGACUGCUUUCUGAAGCCAAGUAUCUCAUGAUGGUGGACUUUGUUCCUCUGGACAAUUUCCGUUAUAAGUGGGCGAAGGACCAAUGGGAGGUGUCUGGGAAGGCGGAGCCCCGCCCCCCACCCCGGACCUACCUGCACCCGGACUCUCCAUCCCUCGGCUCCCAUUGGAUGAAGCAGGCCGUCUCCUUCCAGAAGCUCAAGCUCACCAACAACACCCUGGACCCCCAGGGACACGUGAUCCUCCACUCGAUGCACCGCUACCAGCCCCGGUUCCAUGUCCUUCGUGCGGAAGAGGGCCACGACGGGGGCCGGUGGAGCGCCUUCCGGACCUUUCUCUUCCCCGAGACGGCCUUCACCUCGGUCACGGCCUACCAGAACCAGGAGAUCACGAAACUGAAAAUAUACAACAAUCCGUUUGCAAAGGGCUUCCGGGAUCAAGGAGGGAACGCUUCGCGGGAGGGGAGGGUCCAACGGAAGAGGAAGAAGGAGGAGAGCCCAUUGAAGAUGGCUGCCCACCAAAGAGUGGAGCCGAUGGGCUUGCCGAUGGUUGGGAAAAUGGCCGAGGAAAACGAGGAAGAGGAGGAAGGUGGCCGUGGCCCCGACGAGUGGCCCGACGGACACCGCUUUGGGCCUCCUCCAGCCAAAAUGGCCGAAGGCCCUCUCAGGUUCCUCCCAGAGACCGAGGACCUUUGGCCCCGCCCCCCUCCUCCGGCGGACUUUCCUCCGAAGGUCAUGACCCCUGACCCGGGCCCCUCCCCCUUCCGUCCUGCCUUUCCGGAGCAGGCCUUUGGGGCCCCAUGGAUGGUGACCCCUCCCCCUUACUGCCCCAUGGCCUUCCCUGCUGAGUUUGGGGGCUCCCAAGGGGGUCAUGCCCCGGGCUCCCCGUGCCCCUUCUUCCCUUAUUGGUGACUGGAGAAUGGGAAAGAAUAAAAAUGCAUGUCAAAUGCG